AGGAGCAGUGGCGGCCAGAUUGAAAAUGUCGGAAGCGGGGAGGGAGCGGGAGGGGGGUUUGGUUCCGUUCUUGCCUUCAGCGUUGGCAGAAGCUGUGGCCGCGGACUGGGUGCUGGAAUUCAGCUGCUGCUGUCUGUGCCGGUAUUUCGUGGAGGAGUGUGAGGCCGAGUUCAGGCGGUGGAGGGACGUGGCGCAGGCUGUUUCUAAUGGCUUCUCCAAAGUAACAAUGCAUCAGAAAAAAAUGGUGUACAUCUGUCAGCUUUUGAUAAGAAUUGCAGAAGGAAAAAGACUUGAAUGCCACUUUGAAAACGAUACAACAAUUUCGCCUUUGGAGUCUGCUCUGUCUUUUUGGACUUUACUUGAAAGGGAAGAAAGUAAACUAAAUACACUUCAUGAAGAAAUCCGUCGCUUGAUUCAAAUUCAGGUUGUAGCAGUCUAUAUGGAAAAAGGAUAUUAUAAGGAGGCUGCUGAAGUUCUUGAAAGGCUAUUCACAGACUCAGAAUCACAUAAGCCUUUAAGGAUGAAGCUGGCAGCCAUAGUCAAAAGCAAGGAUCCAUAUGUUCCCCUUCUCCAGAGCUUCAGUUACAGUCUUUUGUUAAGUAAAGUCAAGUCUUACGUCAAACUUUUCCUGAAAGAAAACAGAACCAACUUCUUACUACAGGCAGCUACAAAACAAGUGGAGUCUGAAGGAGGGGAAGUAAGAGUGUUGCAAAACAAAACCUUGAAUGUCAAAGAAGAGAGAGAAAAUAAUUUGGAAGCAAAACAAAGACCUGCAGAAGAGCUGCGGAGUACUACAGAUUGGUUAACUGGAGACAUAUCAUCCAGAGUAAGGCCUCCUUCAAAAAAGGGAUGCAGAACAAGCAGUGUUCAGAGGCUGAAGAACUUGAAAAAUGUGGAAGAACGUGGAGAUGACUUGCCUUGUAGCCGAAGAAGACAGCCGUGGACUUAUGAAGAAGAUAAGAAACUGAAAUCAGGAGUAAGGGAGUUUGGAGUGGGCAACUGGACUAAAAUUCUGAUCCAUGGUGACUUCAACAACCGAACCAGCGUCAUGUUGAAAGAUCGGUGGAGAACACUGUGCAAGAUCAAAUAAGGAUACUGUGAACAUAGCAUGUGAUUAUUUUUGUGCUUUUCCUACAUAAGGAGCUAGUCUAGCUGCUCAGAAUGAUGAGUUUAUAGUCUCAAGAGUAUCCAAAAACAUUGUCCUAGAACAUGAGAAAGGUGUAACAAUGACUUAAAGUAUGGCCUUCUGUCUGCAUGCAAGAGGUAGGUUAAUUUAUGCAAUGUAAAAAUGCUUAGGGUGAUUAUAUAGAUAGGAGUCUUAAGUGGCAACAUAUUAACAUUAUAGAUGCUCUUAAAGUCAAGUGCUCUGUAUUUUUAAAGGGUUUUAUCAGUGCAAGGUUUUAUAUGCAGUCAGAUAGAACUCUUUAUCAUUUUGUUUUCUAUUAUAGUCUAUACAAAUCUGAUUUACUUCACUUUGAAAUUUUGGUCUGACUUGUCAUCUCUUCCAGCAAGUUAUACAAAAAUAUGUACAUAUUGUCAUUGCUCAUUUAACAAAUUACAUUUUUAACUUCAGCAAAAAGAAUGUCCCACGUACAUUUAUAUUUACAAGUAGUAAAAGUGCUAUGUAUGUAUUGGAGAGGAAAAUAUGGGAUUUUUUUUUUAUUUUUGAAUCAAGCUUAAGUUCUAGGAAAUAACUUUGAAAUUAUUUAUAUUAGCAUGAUAACAGUUCUUAUCUUGCAGAAGAGAGUGAAAAAGAUGCGAGAAGUGAUAGAAUGAUGCUACCUCUUAACAUUUUUGAUUGUCUUAUGCCACCUACCUUGUCUUGAGGAGUGGCAUUAUUCUAGACCAGCAGGAAAGGGAAAGCUCCUUUCCUGAACAGCCCAAGUGGGGCUCUGUUCUGGUAGUGAUAGCACAGACCAUGAAACGUGUUUCAUCUGUGUUCUGUUGUCUCUGCAGUGCUAGCAAGCAAAGACACUCUCUUUUGGUUAGCUACCCACAUAAAGGUUUCAAUUGAUCACUGUAAACAUUGUGCUCCUGACUGUUUCAGAAGACAAUCCCAGAACCUCAAAAAACACAUAUGCUUUCCACUGUUGUACUGGUGUGAAUCUAGAUAACCAGGUAUUGUAGCAUUCUUACAGGGCUUCUUGCAUUAAGAUUAAAUAGUGAUGUAACAUUACAAAGGAUUGUCCCAUUCUGAAUGCGUACAGGACAUCAAACAGAUCACCUUCCUGAUUCCUGCCAACUGAUGUAACGUUUCUUCUACAGCUGUGGUAAGCAGUUGCUGUAAGGUUCCACAGAGAUGCCCCAUGUCUUAACAGUAAAUUUUCUCAGCCUUAAGGCAUCUUUUUUUUUCUGUAAAUGUGGUGAAUCCCAGAAGCUUGAUAAAAUAGGGCUUAUGUACCUCAGCAAAGAAUAGUAGAGCAGCUGUAAGCCAGCAAUUCAAAACAAAACCGAAAUCACAGCACAUGUGUUAAGUGAGAAAGCCUUCGGUAUGCAGUCUCUUCAAUGCUGUGACAAUAAUUCAACAUGAAUAAUAGGUAAGAAAACAAGGAUUGGAGCUAUGUGCAUAGCAGCCUUGCCUGUGUUCUAAUACUGUAGGUUUCUGUAUUAAUCACUGCACGUGAGCAGGUUUAACUAGUAGUAAGUGAUUUUUCUGACUGUUAGCCAAAGCUCUAGUUAUGAUUGUUUAUUCCUCUAUUUAAGAUUUUCUUUUUUUUUUAGCUUGUAGCUUGCUAAUUGCUGUAAUAAAAUCCUACUCAAGGCAGUUUACAAUAAAUUACCAUUCAUUAAGGAAAUGAGUCUCUUCAAGACUUAGUUUAUUUACAGAAGUCUUGUUUAGGUUUGCCUGCCAUAAAAUUCACACUGUAUGCUAGUGAUGUGAAGUUCUUAGCAAGGCUACUUCAUUAAUGACAGUGACUAGUCUCACAUUUUUAUGAGGGUGGAAACAUUGCAAAGAAACUGCCAUGUAGACAAAGAAAUACUUUCGCAUUCAUACUAUAAACAGCUGUCUAGAUGAUCUUGGGAAGGAACAAAGGAUCUAAACUGAAGUCUAGUUUUAGCUCUCAAACUUUCGUUUUUAUUCACCCAUUACAACUUAAUGAUGACAGUAACUAUUUCCAGACUUGAGAAGUUUGGCUGGCUCACUCCUGAAUAGGAUCAAUGCCUGUACACAGGAGUAUAGCCUGUGAAGAAUAAAAAUCUUAGGAAAAGAAGCUACUACAGUUAGAAACAUUUGCUCUUUAAUUACAAAAGAGAAAUAUGGAAAUUUGCUUACAGCAUUCUAAUACAAUUGUCAGUCUUAGUGUUUUCUAUUAAGGCAAAAAGAGUUCCCAAAAAUUCUUCUUCCAAAGGUUUGACUCCUUUAAAGUUCAUUCAGUCUCCACAAAAUACAGACAAAGAUGUAGCUUUCUUGGGACUUGUGCUCAUUUCCUUAAUUCUUUUUUCCUGUUGCUGUUUAAACGUCUUUUAAACUCUUACGUAAAAAUAAAACUGUGCACAAGGGGACACGAACACUGCUUCAGUUGCCGAAUCUUCUUCCAGGUUCCUUGGCACCGAGAGUUGCCGACUGCUUCCCAGUGUAAGAUUUUACCUCUGCAAUGUGACAGUAAAUGAGGAAUAAAAAACUGGUGUAUUUACAAGCAACCAAAAAAAGUAUACUUAGGUCCAAUAACAUCAUUCAACAGAAGACUAGAAUUAAGACUUUAAUUAGCUCAUCUUGGUCUUAAAGUGCAUUUGCUGUCAUGAUACCUGCAAAUAUUCUAGAGCAGGUACUGUAUUCCUUAGCACACAGGAUGGUUGGUUGAGUAAAUGGUUACGUAUGUAUUGCAUAGCGUCUUAAUACAUGUGUAGAUAUAUAGACAUGUGCAAAAGACAUACACUAAAUAAAAAAUCUCUUGCAAAUAGUCAAUGUCUUAUUUCAAUAUCAGCAUUCUCGAAACAAUAUAUAUUGUUUAAAGCUGAAAUCUGAUUUGGAUUAUGGUGGGAAGUACAUUUUUCUAACUAAAAGAGCUCAUAAAGAGCUCUUCUUUUUAAGAAGACCUCUUGCACUACAGAAGUUGCACUGUCCCUUUACCAUAGUAAAUAAAGCAUUGAAACU